UAGUAGAUAAACAAAAAUGGCGGAUACUGGCUCCGAACUCACCGAAAAAGAAAGUAAAGCAAGCGAUUACAGCAGUGAAACUGUCGUUCGACAAUCAUGGCUCAUGAAAAGAAGCAAAUAUUCUAAAAGAUGGGAUAAGAUGUGGUGCUGUUUAAAGAAAAAUGAAUUAUACUACGGGAAUUCUUCAGAGGACAUGACGAAAGUUCUUCAACUCGAGGGGUGUGAACUCUCAGAAUGUGAUAUUGACAAGAAACAGUUUGCUUUUCGUAUCAAACCAAAAAGUAGCAGCCGAUUCUACUAUUUUCAUUCAGAAACCGAACAAGAACAACAAGACUGGAUGCAAGCUAUUUGUUUUGCAAAGGCAUCUGGGAACAUGGGAGAUGGAUCACAAGCAUGUGUUGUUCAAUAGACCUUAUUCGUGGUGUGACAAUGUUUUCCCAAUUGAACGUGACAAACCUCUGGGAGAAUGAAGAGCUAUUGUUUUGAAACUCAUCGAGAUACCAUCGUUAUUCCUUUCGUAUCCUUUGGGAUACUCGUGAACUUUUCGAAGAGUAAGAACAAAAGAAAAUGAAUCCCCGGGAGGUUUGUCACGCUGAAUUGGGAAAACAUUGUCACACCAUGAAUAAGGUCUAUAGCACACCCUACCCCCUCUACCUACAUGGAUGACUCAUAAGCACAUGUAAUACAAUAGCACACCCUACCCCCUCUACCUAUAUAGAUGACUCGUAAGCACAUGUAAUACAAUAGCACACCCUACCCCCUCUCCCCACAUGGAUGACUUUUAAGCAUGUGUAGUACACGUGUAGUUGAUAUAAGUAUAGACUGAAUCAAUCAAGUGGUCUAAGACAUUGGAAAGUAUAUAGAUGACCCAGGGGGGAGAGUACUCUUGCUCAUUUAGGGUAGGGAUGUGGCAAUGAGCUUUCUGAACCCUCGCCCUGUUCCAUAGUGAAAUAGCUGAAAUUCAUACCCUUUUCCAGAGUAAGAUUGUAUAUAAAAAAACCUGUUCUGCUUGUACUUGAGAAAAAAGAUACCCUGUUCCAGAAAGAGAGAGCAUGAUUUCAUACACCCAGUUCCAGCAGAGAGUAAGCAUGAUUUUAUAUACACUGUUCCAGGGUAGAAUUGCUGAAAACCAUACCCUGUUUGGUGGCACGUCGUACCCAUAUAGCAAAUAGGGGAGUAUCCCACCCCCGGAUAGAUGACUUGUAUUUAUAUGUAUUUAUUAUUAAAUUAUAAACUGUAAAAGA